AUGUCAUCUCAAAAGUUCUCCAGGAGGGAGGAUGAUACUGGAGUGUUGAUCUAUGUUGCGCCGACCAAAGCGUUGGUCAACCAGAUUGCUGCGGAAAUCCAUGCACGGUUUACAAAGAAGCAUCCUAGCAAUUCUGGGCAGUCUGUGUGGGUAAUUCAUACUCGUGAUAUACGAUUUAACGAUCUGAUGAAGUGUCAAGUACUGGUGACUGUUCCACAUAUGCUCCAAAUUAUGUUAUUGUCACCGGCCAAUGCCAAAACGGGGGCUCCUCGGGUGAAGUGUAUCGUCUUCGACGAGAUCUACUCGAUUGGCCAAGCCGACGAUGACCUUGUAUGGGAGCAGUUACUGUUGCUCGCUCCAUGCCGCAUCAUUGCUCUUUCGGCAACAGUCGGCAACCCAACAGAGCUCGCAGACUGGAUUUCUGUGACGCAGAAAUCUCUAGGGAUCGACUUGAAACUUGUUCAAUAUGGCCAACGAUACUCGGAUCUCGGGAAGUACUUCUCCACCCCACCAAAGAAAGAUCAAGUUCCAGGGGCUUCCUCGAACGACACAUAA